AUGGACCCUUUUGCAGCACUGUAUGGUAAGCAGUGUCGUUCUCUACUGAGUUGGGACGAUGUUGGUGAGCGAGAGAUUUUUGGGCCGGAGUUAAUUGACAGAUCAGUUGAUGCAGUCAGGAUCAUUCGGGAGCGACUUCGCAUAGCACAGGACAGAUUCAAGCAUUGGGCAGAUGCGAAGCGCCGGUACUUGGAGUUUCAGCCAGGAGAUCAUUUACGGAAAUACGUCGGAAAUUUGAGACAUGUCGUAGAUUUCUCAGAGAUUAAGGUGCGAUCCGAUUUGACAUACGAGAAGCAGCCAGUGGAAAUUUUGGACCGAAGGGAGAAGACCCUCCAUAACAAGACCGUCUCGCUUGUUCGUGUGAUGUGGCACCUAGAUUCUCCUGAAGAGUUGACUUGGGAAACCGAGCCUGAGAUGCUACAGCAAUACCCUCAUUUAUUUCCUGAAUCUUAG